UUCAAAGCAAAACAUCGGCAGACAGGCAAGAAAGUGGCUCUGAAGAAAGUGCUGAUGGAAAAUGAGAAGGAGGGGUUCCCCAUCACAGCCCUGCGUGAGAUCAAAAUCCUUCAGCUGCUCAAGCAUGAGAAUGUAGUGAACCUCAUAGAAAUCUGCAGGACCAAAGCCUCCCCAUACAAUCGUUGCAAGGGCAGCAUCUACCUGGUGUUUGAUUUCUGUGAGCACGACCUUGCGGGCCUCCUUAGCAACGCCCAUGUGAAGUUCACGCUAUCAGAGAUCAAGAAAGUGAUGCAGAUGCUGCUCAACGGUCUUUACUACAUUCACAGGAAUAAGAUUUUGCACCGGGAUAUGAAAGCGGCAAAUGUACUCAUCACCCGAGAUGGGGUCCUGAAACUGGCAGACUUUGGCUUGGCUCGAGCCUUCAGCCUGGCAAAAAACAGCCAGCCCAACCGCUACACCAACCGGGUGGUGACUCUGUGGUAUCGGCCUCCAGAGCUUCUCUUAGGGGAACGGGACUAUGGCCCCCCUAUUGACCUGUGGGGUGCAGGCUGCAUCAUGGCAGAGAUGUGGACUCGCAGCCCCAUCAUGCAAGGGAACACGGAACAACAUCAGCUCACUCUCAUUAGCCAGCUCUGUGGAUCCAUCACUCCGGAGGUUUGGCCAAAUGUGGAUAAGUAUGAGCUGUACCAGAAACUGGACCUGCCCAAGGGCCAAAAGCGCAAGGUUAAAGAUCGCCUGAAAGCCUAUGUCAAAGACCCAUAUGCUCUGGAUCUUAUAGACAAACUGCUCGUUCUGGAUCCUGCCCAAAGAAUAGACAGUGACGAUGCACUAAAUCAUGACUUCUUCUGGUCGGACCCGAUGCCCUCUGAUCUCAAGAACAUGCUCUCCACUCACAAUCAAUCAAUGUUUGAGUACUUGGCUCCACCCAGGAGAAGAGGUGGACACAUGCCGCAGCAGCCAGCUAAUCAGGGCAGGAAUCCGGCUGCAACCAAUCAGACAGAGUUUGACAGAGUAUUUUGACUGCUUAGGGUCCCAAAAAAGGAGUAGCAAACAAGCUGAGGGGUUUUUUUGGUCUUUAAAUGACUGAUAUUGAUGUGAAAUACCCUUACGUUUUGCAGUCUCUUAGAGGCAGCUCAGAUGGAAAGGAGUUGCAAGUCUUGCCCUGAGCUGUACAGCUAGAUGAGCUAUCUGGAAUAGUUAUGCACAUAAAGAAAGAGGUUAUGAGCCUCGGUUUCCCUGGGAGCUGAUUCCAAGGGCCUGAGAUCAUCUCUUAGCCCAUCUGGUACCAGGUUUCUGCCUCAGCCUCCACAAUUUUAUCUUUCCCAGUAACUGAAUCUAGUGGGUCACAUGCUAGGGGAGCUGCCGUUGGAGAAGUUAGUACUGCCCAGGUUUUACAGCACUGCUGAUAGGGGUGACUUGUGAAUUUGGGAAUUGCUGCUGCAGUCAACAAGAUAGAUUGGGCCACAUUGGGAAUUGUCUCAGACCUCUUCUGAAUUGCUCUGGUGUGGCUGCAGUUCCCAGUGGUGCCCUUCCUUCUGCGAACUUUCCCUUGUUGUGUAUAGGGUGAGUGCAGCAUUGCCAAGUGCCACUGAGCUUUGUAGAGCCAGUGGGAUUGGGUUCAGUCAAAAUGCCUCCAAAUUCAAGAACUAGCUUGUGCCAGGUUCAAGAUUGCAGGAAGUCCUGGUCAGAGCUUACAAGAACGGGAAACAAAGGAUCCCAGCAACUAAUCAGGAAGGAGUGAAGCUGUUCCUGUUGCUCUGACUAGGAGUUGUUGGUGUCAAUAAAAGCUCAUCAUGCUUUCUCUUCAGCAUACCACCGCUUUUCGUUGUAAAGUGCAAUUAAAGUUCCCUUUCCUAGA